AUGGCGUCGCGGGAGCCGGCGGUGCGCGCGGGCGCGUCUCCUCGGGCAACCGGUAAACACUGCGGCGGGCCAGCGGGGCCCUGGACGCUGGCGGCGCCCGCGGGACCCGGAGUCCUCGGCCGGGCUGUGAGGCGUCCAGGCCCCCGAGACGAGCCCGGGGGGCGCCGGGCAGACCCUGAUCCUCCUGAAGUUGUCCCGGGAGGUGGUGCGGCGCGGCGGCCGAGCGGCCCCAUCCCGCCAGGCGGAGGCUCGGCCGGGCCAGAGCGACUGGGGACGGCGGGGCCGGAGGUCGGUCCUCACCGCCGGGCUCCACCGCGUGCGCUGUUCCGGGUCUUGUCCUCGGGUCAGGGACAAGUGACAGCGAGGGAGUUGUUCCUUGCAGUACAAUUACUACACAUGUGUCAAAUUUUCAGUGAAAUGACACUGCCCGAGGAAACACAGAAGCUGACACAACCUCAAGACAACUGCAAGAGGAGCUGAGAAAGUCCCUUCUCUAUUUACAUCUAAUUGUUGCAGAGCUCAAUUUCAUAAAGUCUAUCUGGUCACUCUGGUCAAACUUGUAACUCUUCUUCAUCACACCAGGAGAUAUGAAUUUACACAGUCUUUAAAAAUCAGUGUUGGUCACCAAGAACCAACUGUAUAGCAGCACAUAGAACUCUGCUCAAUGUCAUGUGGCAGCCUGGAUGGGAGGGGGUGCUAGGGGGAGAAUGGAUACAUGUAUAUGUGUGGCUGAGUCCCUUCGCUGUUCACCGGAAGCUACCACAACAUCGUUCAUCAGCUAUGCCCCAAUACAAAAUAAAUUUAUUUUAAAAAAUCA